GGAAAAAUUGAGAGAAAGAAAGACUCACGUACAAGAGAGGGAAAGAUAAGAGGAAUACAAGGACGUGAGAGAGAGAGAGAGAGAGAAAUAGUUAAGUACAAGAGAGAGGAAGGGAGAGAGAGAGAGAGAAAUAGUUAAGUACAAAAGAGAGUGAGGGAGGGAGAGAGAGAAGAUUUGUGAAAGCUUUGUUGAUCAGCUGCAGUAAUGAAAUAAACAAGAGGAGCACUUUAGAAGCACAUCAAACUGCAAAAGAAUGGCUACUAUUCCAAACCAGAGAAUCAAACAGAUGAAAGAUGACCAUCUCUUCCAUAUUGGGAUAAAUGUCCCUAAAGAUGAUGUCUCUAAAUUAUUUGGAGAUGUUAAGUUUGUCUGUAUGGGUGGCUCAGCAAAGAGGAUGGCUGCCUAUGCUCGUCUUAUGGAAGAACGACUUACUGCAGAAGGCCAGGAACCUUACAACUAUGCUCAGAGUACUGACCGUUAUGUACUCUACAAGGUCGGCCAAGUCCUCUUUGUUAAUCAUGGCAUUGGAAUUCCAUCUUUGUCUACUGUGUUGCAAGAAAUUGGCAAACUCUUGUUUCAUGCAGGUUGUUCUGAUGUCACAUUCUUCCGUCUUGGCACCAGUGGUGGAAUUGGCUUAGAUCCUGGAACUGUCAUUAUUUCUGAAAAAGUUGUGAACUGGGAGCUGCAACAACAAUGGAAUCUUCCAGUUCUAGGAAAAAUGGUUCAUAAUCCAGCCGUACCAAACAAAGAAAUUUAUUCCAAAUUGAAAGCUAUUGCCGAUAGUCUGUCUUUACCAAAUUGUUUGGGAACAACAAUGUGUUGUGAUGACUUCUAUGAAGGUCAAGGCCGUCUUGAUGGACCAUUUUCUAGCUUUUCUGAUGAAGACCGAGAUGCAUAUCUUCAACAUUUACAGGAUAAGGGUGUGACCAAUAUGGAAAUGGAGUCCGUUGGUUUUGUAGCUUUGUGUAAUAAAAUGAAUAUUCCAUGUGCUGUGAUAUGUGUGACAGUGGUUGACCGACUUAAGGGUGACCAAAUAACUGCUGACCAUGAUCAUAUUUUACAGUGGGAAAAAAGACCAAUACAAAUAUUUUUUGAAUACAUGAAAAAACACCAUUUGAAAUAAAUAAAAUGGCACAAGAUAUGAAAUUA